GGGCGGAGAAAAGGUGGCGGCCACGGCUGCUGCUGCUUCUCCUCGUCCUCCCCCCGGUGCUGCUCUGCAGUCGCUGCACACGCGCCCCGCGGCUGCUUCUUGCCCCAGUCCCAGCCUGCAACAUCAGGACUUUACAGCCAUGAGUAACCCGUUUGCACAUGCCGUGGAGCCGCUGGACCCGAGCCAGUCGACAAAGGAAUUCUUCAAUUUGAACCGUUUGGGAGACCCAAGAUAUGCACGCUUGCCAUUUUCGAUCAGAGUCUUGCUGGAGGCUGCGGUCCGGAAUUGUGAUGAGUUCCUGGUCAAGAGGAGUGAUGUUGAAAAUAUCCUAAACUGGAAUGCGAUGCAGCACAAGAGCAUUGAAGUUCCGUUUAAGCCCGCACGAGUGAUUCUGCAAGACUUUACAGGUGUUCCUGCGGUAGUUGACUUUGCUGCUAUGCGCGACGCUGUGAAGCUACUGAACGGAGACCCAGAAAAAAUCAACCCCGUCUGUCCUGCCGAUUUAGUAAUUGAUCAUUCCAUCCAAGUUGACUUUAAUAAAAGGCCAGACAGUUUGCAGAAAAAUCAAGACCUGGAGUUCGAAAGGAACAAAGAAAGAUUUGAGUUCUUAAAGUGGGGCUCUCAAGCCUUCCAGAACAUGAGGAUUAUUCCCCCAGGCUCUGGGAUUAUCCAUCAAGUGAAUUUAGAGUACUUGGCAAGAGUCGUCUUUGAUCAGAAUGGAUACUAUUAUCCCGAUAGUGUGGUGGGCACAGACUCGCAUACCACAAUGAUCAAUGGCUUGGGAGUUCUUGGCUGGGGUGUGGGUGGCAUUGAAGCGGAAGCAGUGAUGCUGGGCCAGCCAAUCAGCAUGGUGCUUCCUGAAGUGAUCGGUUACAAGUUGAUAGGAAGCCCUCAGCCGCUCGUCACAUCCACAGACAUCGUGCUCACAGUGACCAAGCAUCUACGCCAGGUGGGGGUCGUGGGUAAAUUUGUAGAGUUCUUUGGGCCUGGGGUUGCUCAGCUGUCCAUUGCCGAUCGAGCCACCAUUGCCAAUAUGUGCCCGGAGUAUGGCGCAACCGCUGCCUUCUUCCCGGUGGAUGAAGUGAGCAUCAAGUACCUGGUCCAAACAGGCCGUGAUCAAGAAAAGAUUAAGCAUAUAAGAAAAUACCUUGAGGCUGUAGGAAUGUUCAGAGAUUUCACUAACUCGUCUCAGGAUCCAGAUUUUACUCAGGUUAUAGAGCUGGAUCUGCAAACUGUUGUGCCGUGCUGCAGUGGCCCUAAAAGGCCACAGGACAAAGUUGUGGUCUCUGACAUGAAGAAGGAUUUUGAGACCUGCUUGGGAGCCAAGCAAGGGUUUAAAGGUUUCCAAAUUGCCCCUGAACAUCACAGCAACCAUGUGAAAUUUGCUUACAAUGAUCAGGAGUUUGAGCUUACACAUGGGUCAGUUGUGAUUGCUGCCAUUACCAGCUGUACCAACACAAGUAAUCCUUCUGUUAUGCUAGGAGCUGGCUUGCUGGCGAAGAAAGCUGUGGAAGCCGGCCUGACUGUGAAGCCAUACAUUAAAACCAGCCUGUCCCCAGGAAGCGGAGUAGUCACGUAUUAUCUGAGAGAAAGCGGAGUGAUGCCUUACCUUGCUCAACUCGGGUUUGAUGUGGUAGGUUAUGGAUGCAUGACCUGCAUUGGUAACAGUGGACCACUACCAGAGCCUGUCGUUGACGCCAUUACUCAGGGAGACCUCGUAGCUGUGGGCGUGCUCUCUGGAAACAGGAACUUUGAGGGCCGGGUCCAUCCAAACACUCGUGCCAAUUAUCUGGCCUCCCCGCCAUUGGUAAUAGCCUAUGCCAUUGCAGGAACUAUCCGGAUUGACUUUGAGAAGGAACCUCUAGGCAUAAAUGCGCAAGGGAAGAAGGUCUUUCUAAAAGACAUUUGGCCCAUGAGAGAUGAGAUCCAAGCUGUUGAGCGACAAUAUGUCAUUCCAGGGAUGUUUAAAGAGGUCUACCAGAAAAUAGAGACAAUAAACAAAUCUUGGAAUGACUUAGAUGUCCCAUCAGACAAGCUAUAUGCUUGGAAUCCAAAAUCUACAUAUAUUAAAUCUCCCCCAUUUUUUGAAAAUCUGACUUUGGAGCUUCAGCCCCCUAAAUCCAUAGUUGAUGCCUACGUCCUGCUCAAUUUUGCCGAUUCAGUGACCACUGACCAUAUAUCUCCGGCUGGGAAUAUAGCAAGAAACAGCCCAGCUGCCCGUUACUUAACCAGCAGAGGCCUGACUCCUCGAGAGUUCAACUCAUAUGGCUCACGCCGGGGCAAUGAUGCUGUCAUGGCGAGAGGAACAUUUGCAAACAUUCGCCUGUUGAACAAGUUCCUCAAGAAGCAGGCCCCACAAACCAUCCACUUCCCAUCCGACGAAACCCUUGAUGUGUUUGAUGCUUCUGAGAGGUACCAGCAAGCAGGUCACCCACUCAUCGUGCUGGCUGGUAAAGAAUAUGGCUCAGGGAGUUCCCGGGACUGGGCUGCCAAGGGCCCAUUUCUGCUGGGCAUCAAAGCAGUCCUGGCAGAGAGCUACGAGCGGAUCCACCGCAGUAAUCUGGUGGGAAUGGGAGUGAUUCCCCUGCAGUAUUUGCCUGGCCAGGAUGCUGAGAGUCUAGGGCUGACAGGGCGGGAGCGGUACACAAUCAUCAUUCCUGAGCAGCUCGUGCCCAGAAUGAAUGUUCAGAUCAAACUGGAUACAGGGAAGACCUUCCAAGCCAUCAUGAGGUUUGACACAGACGUGGAGCUCACUUAUUUCCAUAAUGGCGGCAUCUUGAACUACAUGAUUCGCAAAAUGGCAUCCUAGUACAAAAUGUGACUGUGCCAGUGACCGGUUCUUAUGAAACCUGCCUUUUUUGUGAUGAAAAUGCACAGUAAUCAAGAGAAUUGCACGCUGAUGAUGGAAAACUAUACAUAUAGUGUCUAAAUCCUAAAGUGAAUUAAGUGUGUGGGGGUUGUAUUACUCAAGUGUAUGUUUAUGCUAUUAGAAUGCAAGUCUAGGCACCUUACCCAUCAAAGAACCUGGUUGUGUGUCUGUUUUUAACUCAUCCUGCCCACAGUACCUUAUUUCGUCAUUCUAUUUUUGUGGGUAGAUGAAACGGGAAAUUUUGGUUAAUGCAACGCUGCAGUAUGUGCAGUCCAGGCAUCAUGUGACCCUUUUCAAGACUUUUUUUACAGCAACUGACAUUACCGGGUUUUCCUACAUGUCUGAGAAAUUAAUACGCAAGUGCUAUUGCCUCCUCCAUAUUAAAACAGUUAAUCAGAAUCCUUCCUUGAACAACUAAUACUGCUGAAAUGAUUAAAUGGCUUAGCUCUUCUCUCUUAGAGGGUGAAUGUUCUCUCUUGUGCUCUAUCCUUGUUUUUCAUUGCCUUCAUUGUGGGGAAAGAAGUCACUGGGGGUGGGGAAGCUUAAAGACCAUUUAUAAUAAAAAUUAAUCUAUUUUCAAAAAAGAAAAA